AUACAAUUACAAUCUUUAGCUUCUCUUUCUCUAUGCAUUAUGAUGAUACAAUGUUUCAACAUGGUAUCAGAGCAGGUUUAACCAUAGGUACUCAGAAACGAAUCAUCAUCGUUCAUAAUCCAAAACCAAAACAUUCUUAGCCAAUUCAAAUCAGUUUGUGGAGUAACUCACCGGCGACAGUUUCGAUCGCCAUUCCAAAAAUGAAGAGAGCUUCCAAAACCAGCGGCAGCGGCAAGCCCAACGCCCCUCACAAAGACCUCCCCAACCUCGCCGCCAAGCCCAAGAAGAAGAAGUCCAAGCAGAAGCCCACCCCUCCCUCGCCGUUAAAGGACGAGAGCGCCGCCGACGAGCCUACCCCGCCGCCUAAGAUCAAGGUCUACCUGCCCAAGCCAAUCAGGGUGUCGUCGGCCUUCUCCCGCAGUAACAGCUACGACAGCUUGGCCUCCAACAGCGACGGCGAGAAGCCCGCCGAGGAGCUCUCCUACAUGCCGCUGCAGUGGCCGCCGAUAUUCGAGAGAGGAAGAGGAGAAAACUCAACCGGCUACCCGACUACCGGCUCGGCAACUGACGUUGACGGCCGGAAAAACGACAGAACGAAGGCGAGAAGCGCGGCUGCCGGCGUAGACGGCCGAGAUGGCCGAGGACACAACAGCUCGGCGUCAGCCGGCGCCUCUGUCGGUGUAGAUGGCCGAGGACGCAACAGUUCGACCACUGCCGGCUUCUCCGCCGGCGUUAAUGGCCGAACAACCGAGAAAAAUGGUGAAGGUGGAACCAAGGGAGAGAAAGAGGUGGAGAGAAUCGGUCAAAGGGAGAAAGAGGCGUGUGGAAUUGGUCAAAAGGAAAAAGAGGCGCAUGAUUUAGGAUAUCAGGACGGGGGAGAUUAUUGGGCGUGGCACUGAGCGGGAUGGAUUGUACUAUGUGGAUGAGAUAGCUCAACAAGGCAAGGUGAUGCUGGCUCACGGAAUUGCUGACCGGGAAG